AUGAAACAAAUUAUUUUUCUUUUGGCUCUUUUUGGAUUCAUAUCCUGUGAUGUCUUAAAUAAUAGAUACCUACCCCCACCAAACAACGAUGGUUAUUCCAACGAUUUAACUCCACCAAAAGAAACUUAUAGUACCAAUGGUGUUUCUACAUCUAAUGGACAUGAACAAAAUCAAAAUUUAAUUACCAAUAACUUUUAUACAAGGAACUCAUUCAAUAAUAGAGUCCCUCAAGCACAAAUUUUAGAGUCUGGUGAUGGUAAAUAUAAGUAUUCUUACAAAACCGCCCAUGGUACAUCAGUACAUGAACAAGGUAUUGGAGGAGUUCAAGCAAUCGGCGGCUUCUCUUUCCAAUCACCAGAUGGGAAAAACUACCAAUUAACAUAUGUGGCAGAUGAAAAUGGAUUUAGACCACAAGGAGCUCAUUUACCCACUCCACCACCCAUUCCAGAUUACAUCCUAAGGUCCCUAGAAUACAAUAAACAACAUGCUCUAAGACAUGGUUCUCAAGAUGGGCAAUACAUCCAUAAAAAUAUACAUCGUGGAGGUUACAAAUAUCAAUCAGUGGCACCUCAAAGCCAUUAUUUACCAGCUAAACCACAAAUUGCAUCUAUAAAUACCUCAGGAGGACAGUACUACCAAAAAAAUAUACAUCGUGGAGGAUACAAAUAUGAACCAGUGGCUCCCAAUAGGCAAUAUUUACCAUCUAGAGUACCACAAAAUAAAUUAGCUUUGCCACAAACAACUUCAUCAUCAAAGACCUCUUCAGAACCACUAUAUAAACCAGUGUUACCACAAAGAUCAUAUCUGCUCUCUAAAUCAGCGGCACCAAAUAGAGCCUAUUUACCAAGUAAAUCAGAGGUAUCAAGUUAUACAGCUUUAACUAUUUCAAAAGAAUUACCAUCUACUCCUAUCAAUCUAGAGGUACCACAAAGAUCAUACCUACCCUCUAAACCAGCGGUACCAAAAGGACAUUACAAUCAAAAAAAUAUAUAUCGUGGAGAUUACAAAUAUGAACCGUCGGCAUUUAAUAGGCAAUAUUUAAGAUCUAAACCUCAAAAUACAUCAGUACUUGAUACACAUAGUACUUCAACUAUCUCUUUAGAAUUGCCAAUUACCACGAUUAAACCAGUGAUGCCACAACGAUCCUAUCUACCUUCUAAACCAACGGUACCAAAUGUAGCAUAUCUACCAAGCAAACCAGAGGUAGCAAAGAAGAGUUUUAGACCAACAACAUGGAUACCUCAAAGUAGAGUACAACCAAAAAGAACCUAUUUGCCAAGUAAAGCUGCAGUGUCAAAAAAAACAUUUUCGCCUAAUAGAAGUUAUUUGCCUGCAACGGUGAAACCAGUGGUUCAAAAUAGACAAUAUUUGCCACCAAGAAGGGUUUCUAGGAAAUUUGUUUCAAAAAGAAAAUUGGCUGCCUGA